AUGGACUCGUCGGGAACCUACCGUACUGUACCAUCCACACAGUCGACAGUUUAUUCAGCACCCCAUGGAAGCAGGGGUGUCUCCAGAUCGUUUAGCUGUUUUAUUGUAACAACUUUUUGCUAUUUAGGAAAUAGAUAUGCCCUGCUCAAAGUUCUUGACAAAUCAAAAGGGAAGCUGGAUGUAGCUGUGAUGAAGUGUUGUGCAGGAAAUAUGAGCGAUUCGGAAGAUGACAUCUCGUCGUCUGAGUCAGACACCGACACCGAGGAUCUGGAGGAAGACACCGACAUGGAAGACCUCGACACGGAACUGGAGAGUGUUCAUAGUGAUGAAGAAUGUCUGGAAAUAGAAGACGCUGCCAAGAAACACUUCUCGGAGGAGAUUUGGCAACUCAAGAAGCUACCAUAUCGUGCAGAACUCGAAGAGCAAGCCAACCGGCACUUCCAAAUGAUUAAAAAGGGACUCGCAGAAUCGAUUCUCCUGAACGAUGCUGAAACUGGAUUUUGGCAUUGGACGAUGGAGCUCGACAGGUACAUCGACUUUUAUGGCCGUCGGUUUUCAAAAGAAGAGCACAUCCAACUGAUUCGCAUCUUCCUUCCGCUUCUUAAAAAAGGAGCACUUUUCCGGAAUGUGAAAAUCGCGAUGCGCAGAUUGUGCACUCUACUUUGUAAAAAGGAUUUUCUGACUCGCGAAGAUUUGGUUAUCGAGUGGCGACCAUUGAUGGAGCUCUAUGUUGAAGUUACGUUCAAGAAUCUCGAGGACGAUGGCCUGUUUCUGAUGCCAGUCGGAUUCCGAACAGAUUUGCACACACUGAUAGUCUACGCUCGCCCCUACUUCUCAGAUGAAUCAGUUCAAGAACUCCUCGAUGAAGUCAGACCGUUCAUGUGCAUUUGGGAUGAUGAAUCGUGCCUUCGAUAUUGGAAACUGAUGGAUUUGUUUCUGUGCACAUCUUUACCAGUAGAGAAGCAGCUCUCACAUGGAUCUGCUAUUUGGUUCGAUGAAGCAUGGUAUUGGUAUGAACAAAUCACGAAUAAUUCAUUUUUUGAGACAAAAGCCACCAAAAUGUUCGCAAGACUAUCUGUCGAAUGUCCCGGUCACAUUGACUGGACGGACAAGCUGGAUCUCAUUUUCAGUCGCCUUCUGAGAUCUUUACGCCUUGGACAUGUCACUGCACUCUGCCAAAUUUUCAAUCUGAAAUACGGAUCCAUCUGGCUAGUUUUCAUGAUGGGAACAAAAUCACACGAAAAGUUGAUGAGUCACCUGCGUGAUUUGUUCAAUCAAGUCGAAUCAUUCUUGCACCCGUCGAACAAUGGACUCCAUACAAAACGCAUUAUGGUUCUUCUCUCCAAACUGCUUUCGAACACACUCCUUCGGUUAAAAAGAGAACGAUCUGAAAAAUCCAGAACAUUGACGAAGAUUCCCGAUGAAAUGCGACUGACACAAGAGCAUCUCGACGAGCUGGUCAACAUGCUACUGCCAAGUCUCAAGCUCAUCGCGUUCACCAAAACAUGCAAGAAACUCGUCAGCCCUGCAUUCAGAUCUGCAUGUCUGUUAUGUCCCAAGAUCAUCCUUCCAGUCGUUCUUGAAAUGGUCUAUCCGGCACUUGAAACGUUGGUCGAACCACAUCGUCUACUUCAAACUCUCGAAACUCUUCUCGGUGUUUUGAUUCCACUAGUGAACGAUGAGCCGGAUGAAAACGGGAAAACUUAUCGAAUUCAUGUUAUUACGAUACUCAAUUCGUUGCUACCUUGCUACCUCGAUUGUAAUGAUAUUAGCAAGUGCCAGGUCACAUAUCAAAUCAUCACAGUUAUUGUGAAUAUGAUUCCAAUCGUUGAUUGCUCAGAAGCAGUUCAUGUUCGAUGCAAUCUCAGCGAGGACGAAAAAGAUCUUUGUUCAGCGACGGCUAGCUUUGAUUCGCUCAUCUCUAUGCUUAUGGAUCGAAUGUUUGACAUGUUGAUAGCUGUUGGUCAAACAGCUAGUACAACCAGCACACAUGGAUCAAUCUCUGCAAAAACUGUAAAUAACAUUGAGGAUAAGAUCUUCCACCGAGGGACCUUAUCAGUCUUCAGAGGAAUCUGCAGAAACAGUAGCACAGAGUUGUUCAAUAUUGCUGUUAACAAGUUGUACAAUUUCGCAUGUGAGCAUGUAUUCGAUAGUCGAGUUGCCAACGAAGUGAUUGGAGAUAUGAUUCAAGUGGCGUGCCAGUUCCAUCCCGACAUCGUCUUCCAGAAAUUCUUCAAACUUGUUAUCUCCAAGUUACAGGGAUGUAUUACUCCUGAGUUCUAUACGGAUGAGAAAGUUGAGUUUGGAACUCUCUGGUGGAUCUCGAUUUCAUCUAGAAUUAUCAAAGUGCAUCCAAAGCUUCUUUUGGAUAACUGGAACAUGGUUGAAACUCUCAUGGAUCUUGUAAUGCCCGACAAGAAGUGUACUACUGCUACUGAAAAGGCGCUCAACGUUCUCGAAAACCUUCUAAGUCAAUUGACAUCCAUUCAAAUCAAUUCUCUUAUCGAGCGGCGGAAAAUGUAUGAUCUUCCAACAGAUCAAUUCUUGGCUAUCAGACAUUGGGCAGCUCCCAUUGAUAAGAAGAACUGGAAUCCAGAGUGGAUCAUUCCCACUCAAGAAUCUAUUGACCGAUCAACAGAACUUCUGAGAAAAUGGUUGAUACCAACAAUUAAUGCACUGAAAACUCCUAUCGGAAUAUCCAAAAAAGAAAUGCUUCAUCACCUUUACCUAAUCAGAAGUGCACUCCUUGGGCCAUGCUUCUCUUUGCCUCUUUUCGAGGGAAAGAUCAUGCCACUAGCCGACUCGCACAUUAUUUCCCCCGAAGACGAAAUGAUGACAAUUGUGAAACCAAAGGGAACACCCGAAAUCUCAAUUGAUGGAAAAAAUGUGCGACAGAUAAUCCUUGAAUGCACAAUUGACUUGAUCAAUUGGCUUCUAGAUCACAAUCCGGAUGACGUAAAAUCCCUUCAAGAAGCGGUUUCAAUUCUCAAAAGUUUGCCACUCAAUCGUGGUUACACCAAAGAAUUGUGCGACACGUCAUCAACUAGUUAUCGUGUCACCAAAACAAUGCUCUGCGACAAGUUGGCUGGAGAUCGUAGUAAUAUCGAGACGAUUGUGGAGGAGUACAUCAUGUUAUUGCAUCAAAAGCGUGUUGCUCACACGCAAGGAUGGCAUUAUAACGAACACCACAAGCUUCUACAGGAUACGUUAUUAAAAGUAGCCACAAGUACAUACAGUGAGAACCGUGCUAAAGCCCAGGCCGUUCUUCUCGGCAAUCUCAUAGAGCAUCCAUACUCAUACAAGCAAAUCGUUAUUGAUAUUCUUUCAUUUUUGGAACCUGGAAAUGACGUGACCCAUGAGCAACUAAAAGGAGCUCUACACUUGCUUAUUGAUGGCCAGGAGCAGUCGUUGAUUCUUCGUAAGGGAUUCGAACAACAGUUGAAAAUGUGGCCUGCGCUUGUCAAAGUUCAGCACAGCGAGAAGCCAUCGAUCAUUGCUCUUCUCGAAACGGCUCAGAACACGAUCGUCGAUGACUAUGAGAGUUAUCGUCUGAAAUACGAGUGGGAACCGAAAAACGUGGAAGCUGCCUGGAAGCUGUUGAAAGCCGCUGAUGAAGGAUCUCCCUUGCACAACGCCGAAAUGCUCCGUGGUCCAACGAAAGUGGAAAUCGCCAAAUACAGAGAUUUGCUUACGGAAAAUUUCGAGAAGUCAAAGUCUAACUACUUCUCGUUGAUCGAACAACUAUUUUCUCUUGCUAAUGACCCAACUCUUCACUGGCGUCAUCUUGAUAUGUCUUAUUCGAUGCUGUCAAUGCAAAUUCGGCGGGACUGCCCUCUUCCGGAUAAUGUUGUAAAGAUGUUUGUACGGCUACUUAUUAACGAUCGAGUCAAGACCAGAAGAUUCGCAGCUGAGGCUGUUGCUUCAUGGUUGAAGAUGACAAAACCGAAAGCAGUCAAGCGAGAAUAUUUAAUUCCAUACAAGGCACCAAACACUUCGGUUGGCGCCAAACAUCCUAUUCCAUAUGGCUUCCGAACGGACAACCGUUGCAUGAUGUACGAAGAAGAGAAGUUACCGAAAACUAAUGAAGAAUGGGAUGCAUUCCAGUUCUGUUGCAAACAAAACUGGGGAUCCUACACGUGGCCUGCAAAACUGAGAACAUACGCUCCAUUGAAAGAGCAGAAGGCUAUCGACAGGAGCUAUGAUGAGUUCCACGAAGUUGAGAAGUAUAUUGUGGAAACAUUCCAAGAUGACAAAUUCAUGACUCGUUUCCGUGAACUUUUCUCCGUCGAGAAGGAAGAUGAAGAGAAGGAAAGUUAA